UUAACAGCUUGUACGAACAACUCACCUGGACAGCAUGCCCAGACUGUGAAUCAGCCCUAUGGAGCCUCAGGGGAUUGUCAAGGCAUUUCGAAAGGUGAAACGAGCUCAGGACAUCAUACCACCAACAUCCGGAGUGACCCAGAAGAAAAUCAAAACAAAUGAAGUCAGUAAAGAAAUCUGGUUGUGUGGAUUGGUGGUGCAUAUUGUCCAGGCAGGGAUUGGAAAGGCUCGGACAGAAAUCUUUCACAAGCAGAUUGUACAGAAUGGUGGGGAGGUCAGCCUUAUUUUCACCCCAGCCGUUACUCACGUGAUCAUAGAUGAUGAAAUGGAUUGUGAUCGUGCCUUUCGCCUCCUGAAACUGGAGGUCCUGCCUCCCAGAGUCCAGCUGGUGCGAUCUGCAUGGCUCAGCUUAUGCAUCACAGAGAGGAGACUUUUGAGCACUGUGGGCUACAGCAUCUUCAUCCCAGACAAAUACCUGUCACCUGCACAGCAGGUCAAAAUUCAGGGCUCAGAGGACAAGGAUCAACAAGAGAACGCAGAGGUCAACAAUCGAUCAGAGACCCAGUCAAAGCCCAAAUUCAGCUGCACAAAGGCAGAAAGAUCAUUUGCUGAUCAAUGGGGAGAGGGUACAGCUGAAGAAACCAAUGGAGCAGCACAAGCCUCUCUGGCCCAGUUUUGUGAAGAUGAAGGUGGGAGUGAUGCUGAAGAUGACGGAGUUUCCGAGCAUGACCUGCAAGCUCUGAUCUCUGGGAGCAUCCAUUCGCUCAGUGAAUCUGACUUGAGGAAAGCAGCUGUUAGUGGCAAAUGGGUGUGUGCCCAAUCAUCCGAAAGCAAAAAACAAAACCACAAUAAACCCAUCACAGACAAGCUGGAGGUGCUGGAGGCUGCGUACACACAUCAAGGUGACAAGUGGAGAGCGCUGGGAUACGCCAAGGCCAUCAACGCCUUGAAGAGUUACCAUAAGCCAGUGUCCUCCUAUGAGGAAGCAUGUAAGAUCCCUGGCAUUGGCAAACGGAUGGCAGAGAAAAUCAGAGAGAUACUGGAGAGUGGGCACCUGCGCAAGCUUGACUACAUCAGUGAGAGUGUCCCAGUGCUGGAAACCUUCUCAAACAUCUGGGGAGCUGGUGUGAAGACAGCCCAGAUGUGGUACCAGCAGGGAUUCAGAACUUUGGAUGAUAUUCAGAUGAAAGCUACUCUGACUAAGCAGCAGACCAUUGGCCUCAAGCACUAUCAUGAUUUCCUAGACCGAAUGCCCCGGGAAGAGGCUGGGGAGAUUGAAAAGACGGUGAGGGACAUGGCUCAGUCAAUCGAUCCAUCCCUGAUUGCUGUAGCCUGUGGCUCCUAUCGACGUGGGAGGGCCACCUGUGGUGAUGUAGAUGUCCUCAUCACACAUCCGGAUGGCAAAUCGCAUCGUGGUGUCUUUAGUAAGAUCCUUGCAGGUCUGAGGGACACAGGAUUUCUAACGGAUGACCUGGUCAGUCAGGAGGAGAGUGGGAACCAGAAGAAGUAUCUAGGAGUUUGCCAGCUUCCAGGUCCUGGGCACCGUCACCGGAGGCUCGACAUCAUUGUGGUGCCAUACAGUGAGUUUGCCUGUGCCCUGAUGUACUUUACUGGAUCCGCACAUUUUAAUCGGUCCAUGCGGGCUUUGGCGAAGACAAAGGGUAUGAGCCUCUCGGAGCACUCACUGAACUGCCACAUCCUGAGGAAGGGAAAUGCCAAAAUCACCACAGGAAUAAUCAUCUCUACGACAACCGAACAAGACAUCUUUGAACAGCUGGGACUGCCAUACAGGAAGCCACAUGAGAGGGAUUGGUGACACUGUUGCAGGUCGGCAGAGACCUAUUCCAUUGUGUUUGUACAUGUGUCAUCCAGUUUGAUACUGCAUCAUACAGGCUAAGGACCCAGCAAUUCACCUCCAAGUUCAGCCUGACAUAUCUGCUUUGAGCGUUUUUUUUAAUGUAUCUGUAACAUGAAAUAUCUUCAUCAUCUGUUUGCUUUACAAUGUGAGAAAACAGAGUGAUUGAUCUUUUCUCGCCAGGUUUGGGGAGUAAAACAUCGGGAAGGCAAUGCUAUACCUGCAUCAACCUGCUAUGUCCAUUCUGAGGCACAAUUUUAAGAAAAAUGUCAAAUUCUUGGAAAGAUUACGAAAGGAGGUUUACUGCAGUGGUACCUGGAACUAGGGAUUUAUGUAGUGAUCCUGAAAAAGCCAUCUUUCUUGUUGAAGAUGAUUUCUAAGACAUUUAAUAGAGUUGUUCAAAACAUUAGGAGUUUAUGAUCGAGUAAAUGUACUGGCAGGAGGGUUGGUAACUAACAAUCACAGAUUCAUGGUAAUUGACAAAAACAAAGCACAAAGGGUGUGAUUUUUUUAUUUAAACAUGAGUUGUUGUUAUGUAGAAUGUAUUGCCUGAAAGUAAGUUGAAAGCUGAGUCAAUAAUAACUUUUAGAAUUGCAGGAUGGAAAUUGCAGGAUGGAAAUUGCAGGUGUCGAACUAACUGGAUCACUCUUUCAAAGGGCUAGCCAAAAAUGUUGGACUAAAUUACCUUCCACACUUUAUGAUUCCAUGCAUCUGCUGACUUUGCUCACCUUUUUUGAAGGUUGAAUUCCUUAGAUCUUGUGUGAUCUCCUUCCUGCUGCACAGCAGCUGUCUUUACACUCUCUGGUAUGUGGGUUCCACCCAGCAACUGGGUAGGUCACCACCCUCCCACUCCAUCCUCCAGUCUCCUGAGACAAUAGUUUAUGUCAGUUCUUACUGUGGACGAGGAAAUGGAGGCUAGAGAACUUGGGGAAAUAAAUAUUAAUGUUUUGAAAAAAAAUUCACAUUACACAAGAGGAAGUGCUAGAGGUCUUAGAAAACAUUAAGGUGGAUAAAUUUCAAGCACCUGAUCAAGUGUAUACCAGAUAUUGUGGGAAAUUAGGGAAGAAAUUGUGGGGCCCCUACCAGAUAUAUUUUUAUCAUCUGUAACCAAGAAAAGUGCUGGAGGACUGCAGGGUGGCUGAUGCUGUGACUUUAUUUAAGAAAAGCUGUAAGGAGAAACCUGGGAACUAGCAACCUGUGAGUCUGACAUCAGUGUUGGGUAUUUUGUUGGAGGUAAUUCUGAAAGAUAGGAUUUACAUGCAUUUGGACAGGCAAGGACUGAUUAGGGACAGUCAGCAUGGCUUUGUGCUAGGGAAAUCGUGUCUCACAAACUUUAUUGAGUGUUUUGAGGAAGUAACCAAAAAGAUUGAUGAAGGAAGGGGGUAGACGUUAUUGACAUGGUCUUUAGUAAAGCAAAGUUCCACAUGGUCCACUAAUUAGUAAAGUUGGAUCACAUGGGUUUCUGGGAGAGCUUGCCAAAAUUGGCUUUAUGGUAGGAAACAGAGGGUUGUGGUGGAGGGUUGUUUUUCGGACUGAAGGCCUGUGAGCAGCAGUGUUUCACCACGAUCGGCACAAGGUCCUCUUUAGUUUGUCAUUUAUAUAAACAAUAUGGAUGAAAAUUUAGGAGACAUGGUGAGUAAAUUUGCAGAUAACACCAAAAUUGGUGGUAUAGUUGAUAGUGAAGAAGGUUAUCUAAGAUUACAAAGUGAUCUUGAUCAGUUGGGCCAAUGGAGUAACAGAUGAAAUUUAAUUUGGAUAAAUGUGAGGUAUUGCAUUUUGGUAAAAUAAACAAGGGCAGGACUUUUACAGUUAUGGUACAGCCCUGGGUGGUGCUGUAGAACAGAGAGACCUAGGGGUACAGGUACAUAUUCCUUUGCAAUUUGCAUCACAUAUAAACUGGGUGAUGAAGAAGGCGUUUCGCACAUUUGCCUUCAUUGCUCAGACCUUUGAGUAUAGGAGUUGGGAUGUCAUGUUGAGGUUGUAUGGGACAUUGGUGAGACUUCUUCUGGAAUAUUGUGUAUAGUUCUGGUCACCCUGUUAUAGGAAGGAUAUUUUAAAUUGGAGAGGGUUCAGGAAAGAUUUACCAGCAUGUUACUGGAAUGGAACAUUUGAGUUGUAAAGAUAGACUGUGACUUUUUCCACUGGAGUGUGGGAGGUUGAGGAGUGAUCUUGUAGAGGGGCAUAGGUAAGGUGAAUAACAAGGAUCUUUUCCCAAGUGUGGGAGGGGGAGUUCAAAACUAUGGCGCAUAUUUUUAAAUGAGAGAAAAAGAUUUAAAAAGGACAAGGGUCAACCUUUUUACACAGGGAGUGGUUCGUAUGUGUUCUGAACUGCCACAGGAAGUAGUGGAUGCAGAUCCACUUAAAUCAUUUAAAAGACAUUUGGAUAAUUUGGAUAAAUUUGAAUAGGAAAGGUUUGUUAGGAUUUGGGCCUAACACAGGCAGGUGGGACUAGGUUGGUUUGGGAACAUGGUGUGGACUUGUUGGACAGAAGGGUCUGUUUCCAUGCUGUAGGACUCUAUGACAAUAGAAGCCCACUAUCCCAUGCACACAUUCACUGGGUAUUUAGAAACCUCAGGAGAGAACUCAUCACCUCAAAUGUGUUCUUUUAUUCAGUUAGAUUAUUUUAAUUCCAUUUAUUCCACCUUGGUCUCAAUAACUUUGAACGCCCUUACCCAGCAAAAAUCUAUCUGUCGCAGUUUUGAAAGCUCUAAAUAAAACCUGAUUGGUGUGGCAGAGAGGAUGGGGUGAUCAUGGAGCAUUUCUUAGAGUCAUAGAGGUGUACAGCAUGGAAACGGACCCUUCGGUCCAACUCGUCCUUGCCGACCAGAUAUCCCAACCCAAUCUAGUCAGACACGCCAGCACCCAGCCCAUAUUCCUACAAACCCUUCAUAUUCAUAUACCCAUCCAGAUGCCUUUUAAGUGUUGCAGUUGUACUUGCCUCUACCAUUUCCUCUGGCAGCUCAUUCCAUACCACCCUGUGUGUGAAAAAGUUACCCCUUAGGUAUCUUUUAUAUCUUUCCCCUCUCACCCUAAACCUAUGCCCUCUAGUUCUGGACUCACCCACCCCAGGGAAAAUACCUUGUCUAUUUACCCUAUCCAUGUCCCUCAUGAUUUUAUAAACCUCUAUAAGGUCACCCCUCAGCCUCCGACAUCCAGGGAAAACAGCCCCAGCCUAUUCAGCCUCUCUCUGUAGCUCAAAUCCUCCAACCCUGGCAACAUCCUUGUAUAUCUUUUCUGAACCCUUUCAAGUUUCACAACAUCUUUCUAAUAGGAAGGAGACCAGAAUUGCACGCAGUAUUCCUGAAGUGACCUAACCAAUGCCCUGUACAGCCACAGCAUGACGUCCUAACUCCUGUACUCAAUACUCUGACCAAUAAAGGAAAGCAUACCAAACUCCUUCUUCACUAUCCUAUUUACCAGCGACUCCACUUUCAAGGAGCUAUGAACCUGCACUCCAAGGUUUUCACACAGAAGAAACAAUUUUUCUCUAUCUACUUUGUAAAUGCCUCUAAUCAUCUUAAAGACUUAUUAAUGUAUACGAGCACUGAUCAAUACUGCGGCAUGUUUUAAGCAGCAGCAGUAAAUCGUUAACCUCUCCCAUUGUUUGCUGUCCUCUUGGGCUGAGUGGGAAGAGUUGUGUUAAUGCACUCAGAGCAGUUCCCGUGUAGUUGAAGGUGAAACAGGAGAUUUGUUGCCACCUUGUGGACAGAAAAAAGUAUUUCCUGUUGAAUGUUUAAAGAGUAAAUUGCUUACUUCACAGGCAAACAUUUAGAAGGUCUUUAUUUGUGGGAUGGAAAACUGAAAUUCCAGGAAGGGUCUAGUUCCAGGUGUAUGAUGGACUUGGCUCAUUUUAGCCAGGCUAGCUAGCGUUCAGACAUGAGAGUUAAAAACAAGGGUAGAAGUCAAAUACUACUCCAUUUCAGUACAGUGACCUCUGAUGGAAAGUGUGAGGACGUUAAUGGAAAGCAACAUCAAGUUUAGCUGUGAUGCUGUUCACUGAAGGAAAGGUACCAAGCACCUGAAUGAGCCUAUUACAGUUGGCAUAGCUAUAUCAGGCAAAGUAAAAAAUAAUACAAAACGGAAAGAAACAUUUUUUUAAAGGACAUACUUUUCAGAUUUUUAUUUAGUUCUUUCUAGGUCUGUGGAUGGACACAAAAAAAAGCUGUCUUUUAGCAAACACAUUUAAUAAAGUCAGACCACAGGGUUGCUCUACUCAGGGCCUGUGUCAUAUUUUUAGAUGCCUGGAUAAAGUUGCUAUUAUCAGUUUACUGAUAGACCGUGGAUUAGAAUAGAUCAUAUUACAUCUUUGAGUCCUUCAUUUGCCCUGCAAUGCUUUCUUCUUUACUGAGCCAGACUGAAUCUUCAUUCUUCCAUUAUAUCAGUCAAACUCGGUAUGAGUGGCAGGUCUCCUUUCCAAGAGGACUUUAAUGAACUAGUUUGGUUUUAUGUCAGUUUACCAGUUUCGUGGUCAUUUGAUCUUUUUUCUAAGUUUUACUCAGAUUCUCUCUGAUGGGUUUUGAAUUCUUGUUCUCAAGAUUGCACCCAAUUAUGUAGCUACUUCACAACUGUGACGAUAUGUGCCUUUAAGAGGGAUUUGUUCUAUCUGGUUUAUCUUGACGUGGGAUGUUGUAAACCUGGUAAUGAGGUGUCUGCUCCAUAGAGAGUAGAGUAAGUAGCUUUGAUUUCUUUUUUAUUUGGACAAGUGGCUCAUUUUUAAAUGAGUCAGUGGAAUCAGGCUCACACAUUCUCUGGGUUUUAGUUUUUGCUCUCAGUUGUUAAAGUUGGGGUUUUUGGGAUGAAUCUCUCACUCUCUGUGCUGCUGCAAAAAACUUGAAUUCUUUCUCUGCUGUUCAAUUCAUUCUGUUGGUGUUCCUUCACCUGGAAGAAAUAGAAAGUGAUGGAAAUCUGUUUUGCUGAAUUUGCUUUUGCCAAGGGUGUGUUUACAGGAUGCUGCUAUAUUAGAACAGUUGAUGAAUAGUAAUUAAAUAAUAUAUUGUUUUAAGUAUUUUAAUAGAGUUAAAGCUAUGGCAAUUCUAUAUUUGGUUUGUAUUUUAACUGUGAUGUAAGA